UCCAACGUUAGUCGACAAAAGAAAGCACAUGCAACUGAUAAAACACUCAACUCACAAAGCAAAAUUCGAUCCUAACACGCCAAGGGCGGUGAAACCAACGUCUACAAAUGCAGACAAAUUAGGUGAGAAAGGGAACUGAAAAGACCCACUUAGUUGAGCCAAGGGAAGAGAGAAAAGAGAUCUCUCUCUCCUUCAUUCAAUUCUCUUCUUUUGUCCCAAUAAAUUCUUCUCACUUACCUUUCCAAAUCAGUACUCAAAUUUAUAGAGUGAAAAGUGAAAACCCCAUUAUAAACAUGGGUUUGCUUUUAUAGAAUGAAAAGGGUGUUCAUUUGGGUUAGAAAGGAUUGAUUUUAGGUAUAAUAAGGUCAAAUCUUUGAUGGGUUUGAUUCAAAAUUUCAAAUUUUGUUGAGCAAGUAAAAGAGGAGUUGAGACAAAUUUCUGAUUUUUGGUGGGUCAUUUUUCUUUGUUCUCUUUCUUCACAUUCUAUGAUAAACAAUCUGUUUGUUUUCAUGUGCUCUGUGUUCUCUUCUUCUGUCUUUUUUCUAUAAGUGAGCUGUCUCAAUUUAUGAGCUUUAUACCCAGAUGGCAAAAUUUCCUUAAUUUGGUUCAGUCUUGUGUUUUUUGGUACUAUUUCUCCAUAACCGACUUACUCUUUUUGAUCAAAUUUAUUUGCUUUUCUAGAAGAUAAUUUCUGGUUUUGGAUCAUACCCAGUUGCUAAUUUGAAUCGAUUGUUUCAUUACCAGGAUUAAGCUUAUUGUUAAUGGCAACUAAUAGCUUAGGAUUACCUAGGGAGUUCCUGGGUAUUCCUAUACUGGAGUGGGUGUCAAUAUGCAUUAAUUUGGCCUUCUUCUUUGUGUUUGUAUUGCUAGUUUCUGCAAGACAAUUCAUCACUUGUAUGGGCCGUAUUAGGUUGAUUAAGAAUGAUUCAAACCCGAAUUCAGUUCCGAUUCGUCGAGGUUUAGACUAUGAACUAAGUGAUAUUGUAGUGGGAAUUUGGUACAAACUGUCAGUUUUGAGUUGCUUUUAUGUGUUGUUAGUGCAAACAGUUUUGUUAGGAUUUGAUUUGGUAAGAGUUAUAAAGGAUGUAUCCCAUGGAAAUGUAGCUAGUUGGGUUCUUAUAUGUUGGCCUAUUAGUCAAGGUUUAGCUUGGUUGGUUAUGUGCCUUAUGACACUUCAUUGUAAAUAUAGGGCGUCAGAGAGAUUUCCAUUAUUGUUAAGAGUUUGGUGGUUUGUAUCUUUACUCAUUUCUUUGUGUACUUUAUAUUUUGAUGGUAGAAUUUUGUGGGUAGACGGGUCUAAGCAUUUGUCACCUCAUGUCGUUGGGAAUAUAAUUGCAACCCCAGCAAUUGGUUUCCUUUGGUUCCUAGCAUUUAAGGGUUCUAGUGGGAUACAAAUCAUGGAAUACCCUGAUCUUCAAGAGCCUUUACUUGAAGAAGAAGCUGGGUGUUUAAGGGUUACCCCUUAUAGUGGGGCUGGUCUUUUUAGCUUAGCCACUAUUUCAUGGUUGAAUUCCCUUCUUUCCCUUGGUGCUAAAAGACCACUUGAGCUUAAGGAUAUCCCACUUCUUGCUCCUAGAGACCGUUCUAAGGCUAACUACAAAAUUUUGAACUCAAAUUGGGAAAAGCUUAAGUCUGAAACCCCUAGGAAGCAACCUUCAUUAGCUUGGGCAAUUUUGAAGUCAUUCUGGAGGGAGGCAGCUUGUAAUGCUAUCUUUGCUGGCCUGACUACGCUCGUUUCGUAUGUGGGUCCUUACAUGAUUAGCUAUUUUGUUGAUUAUCUAGGAGGGAAAGCAACUUUUCCCCAUGAGGGUUAUAUUCUAGCUGGGAUAUUCUUUUCAGCUAAGUUAGUAGAGACUUUAGCAACCCGGCAAUGGUACAUUGGGGUUGACAUUUUAGGUAUGCAUGUAAGGUCAGCUUUAACUGCAAUGGUGUAUAGAAAGGGUCUUAAGCUGUCUAAUUCUGCUAGGCAAAGUCAUACUAGUGGAGAAAUUGUGAAUUAUAUGGCUGUUGAUGUUCAAAGAGUGGGGGAUUACUCUUGGUAUCUUCAUGAUAUAUGGAUGCUACCAUUGCAAAUCAUCCUUGCUUUGGCAAUUCUAUAUAAGAAUGUAGGAAUUGCUUCUUUAGCGACGUUGGUUGCGACAAUUGUGUCGAUUGUUGUUACCGUACCGAUAGCUAGAGUGCAAGAAGAGUAUCAAGACAAGUUAAUGACUGCAAAGGAUGAAAGAAUGAGGACAACUUCUGAGUGUUUGAAGAAUAUGAGGAUGUUGAAGUUGCAUGCUUGGGAGGAUAAGUAUAGAAAAAUGCUGGAGGAUAUGAGGGUUGUUGAGUUCAAAUGGCUACGAAAAGCGCUCUAUUCUCAGGCUUUUAUCACAUUUAUCUUCUGGGGUUCUCCCAUAUUUGUGGCAGUCAUCACUUUUGCUACUUGCAUAUUGUUAGGUGGCGAGUUGACAGCCGGAAGUGUUCUAUCUGCUCUUGCCACUUUUAGAAUUCUCCAAGAGCCACUUAGAAAUUUCCCGGAUUUGGUGUCAAUGAUGGCACAAACCAAAGUUUCUCUUGAUCGUCUUUCAACGUUUCUUCUUGAGGAAGAACUUCAAGGAGAUGCUACUAUUGUACUUCCAAGGGGAAGUACAGAAACUGCCAUUGAGAUUACGGAUGGAUCAUUCUGCUGGGAUCCGUCUUCGUCGAGACGGACUUUAUCAGGGAUCGAAAUGAAGCUUGAAAAAGGGAUGCUUGUUGCUGUUUGUGGGAUUGUUGGUGCUGGAAAGUCGAGUUUCCUGUCUUCCAUUCUUGGGGAGAUUCCCAAGAUCUCUGGUGAAGUUAAAGUAUGUGGUUCUGCAGCUUAUGUAUCUCAGUUGGCAUGGAUACAAUCGGGAACUAUCGAAGAAAAUAUUCUUUUCGGAAGUCCAAUGGAUAAGCCAAGGUAUAAGAGUGUUCUUAAUUCUUGUGCAUUGAAGAAAGAUUUAGAAAAUCUUUCACAUGGAGAUCAAACAAUCAUUGGAGAUAGAGGCAUAAACCUUAGCGGUGGCCAGAAACAGCGUGUGCAGCUUGCUCGAGCCCUCUAUCAGGACGCUGAUAUUUAUCUACUUGAUGAUCCCUUCAGUGCUGUCGAUGCUCAGACUGCGUCUUUUUUGUAUAAGGAAUUCAUACUGACCGCCCUGGCUUCAAAAACUGUGGUGUUUGUAACACAUCAAGUUGAAUUUUUACCUGCCGCUGACCUGAUACUGGUACUCAGAGAAGGACACAUUGUACAGGCAGGGAAAUAUGAUGAUCUUUUGCAGUCUGGCACAGAUUUCAAUGCCCUAGUAUCUGCUCAUCAUGAAGCAAUUGAAGCAAUGGACAUAGGUCCUCACUCAUCAGAAGAUUCUGACGAGGAUUCUAGCCCACAGAACGAUAUUGAUGACAUUGAUCACGAAUCUAGUAGCUGUAAUGUUAGUUUAGUAAAGGAAGUGCAGCCUACUAUGUCAUCUCCCGAACGAAAAGCAAUUAAAGAGAAAAAGAAGGCGAAACGAGCAAGAAAAAAGCAGCUAGUUCAAGAGGAGGAAAGAGAACGAGGAAAAAUUAGUAUGAAGGUUUAUUUGUCAUAUAUGGCAGCAGCCUAUAAAGGAAUGCUGAUUCCGCUCAUUAUCCUCGCACAAACGUUGUUUCAAGUUUUGCAAAUAGCUAGUAGUUGGUGGAUGGCUUGGGCUAACCCACAAACAGAAGGGGACAGUCCUAAGACUAGCAGUUUGACACUUCUUCUUGUGUACAUGGCACUUGCAUUCGGCAGCUCCUGGUUUGUUUUCGUCAGGGCUCUUUUGGUGGCGACUUUUGGGCUGGCCGCUGCUCAAAAGUUGUUUGUGAAGAUGCUUAGGUGCAUUUUUCGAGCACCUAUGUCGUUUUUCGACUCUACUCCAGCUGGACGGAUACUUAAUCGUGUUUCUGUUGAUCAGAGUGUUGUGGAUUUGGAUAUUCCUUUCAGACUUGGUGGAUUUGCUUCUACAACGAUACAACUUCUUGGUAUAGUGGGUGUAAUGAUGAAAGUCACUUGGCAAGUGUUGCUUCUCGUUAUUCCGAUGGCUAUUAUUUGCUUGUGGUUGCAGAAAUACUACAUGGCUUCUUCACGAGAAUUGGUUCGCAUUGUAAGCAUCCAGAAAUCCCCAGUUAUCCACCUUUUUGGUGAGUCAAUUGCUGGAGCUGCCACAAUAAGAGGAUUUGGCCAAGAAAAACGAUUUAUGAAGAAAAACCUUUACCUUCUUGAUUGUUUUGCCCGACCAUUUUUCUGCAGCAUUUCCGCUAUCGAAUGGCUUUGCUUGCGUAUGGAGUUGCUUUCCACAUUUGUCUUUGCUUUCUGUAUGGUUCUGCUCGUCAGCUUCCCUCAGGGAGCUAUUGAUCCAAGUAUGGCUGGCCUUGCUGUGACAUAUGGGUUAAACUUGAAUGCACGUUUGUCGCGGUGGAUACUUAGCUUUUGCAAGCUUGAAAACAAGAUCAUUUCGAUAGAAAGGAUUAAUCAAUAUUCUGAAAUCCCAAGUGAAGCUCCACCUGUUAUUGAGAACUGUCGUCCUCCAGCUGCAUGGCCGGAAACGGGGACUAUUGAGCUGAUUGAUCUGAAGGUGCGGUAUAAGGAAAACCUUCCGCUCGUGCUUCAUAAUUUGAAUUGCACAUUCCCUGGUGGGAAAAAGAUUGGUGUGGUUGGACGUACUGGCAGUGGUAAAUCAACAAUGAUUCAGGCGUUAUUUCGAAUGGUUGAGCCUGCAUCUGGAAGGAUUAUCAUUGACGACAUAGAUAUUAGCACAAUUGGGCUUCAUGAUCUCCGAAGUCGUUUGAGUAUUAUUCCUCAAGACCCAUCCUUAUAUGAAGGAACCAUCAGGGGCAAUCUCGAUCCUCUUGAAGAACAUUCUGAUCAGGAAAUUUGGCAGGCGCUCGAUAAAUCACAGCUUGGAUCCAUUAUUCGUUUCAGAGGUGAAAAGCUUGAUUCACCAGUGCUUGAAAAUGGUGAAAACUGGAGUAUGGGACAACGACAACUUGUUUCUUUGGGACGUGCUUUGCUUAAGCAGGCAAGAAUACUUGUUCUUGAUGAAGCAACUGCUUCCGUUGAUACUGCCACAGAUAAUCUUAUUCAGAAGAUAAUAAGAGCGGAGUUUAGGGACUGCACGGUUGUCACCAUAGCACAUAGAAUACCUACUGUCAUGGACAGCGAUUUCGUUUUGGUCCUUAGUGAUGGUCGAGUGGCAGAGUUUGACAGCCCUGCGCGGUUGAUGGAUAACAAGUCGUCUAUGUUUUCAAUGUUGGUUGGAGAAUAUACAUCAAGGUCAAGCAGUAUCUCUUAGUUCACACGCACCAAGUAGACACGGAGCCAAGACGGAGCCUAUUCUCUUUCAGGUCAUCCUGGAAGAAAUCCGCCUUUUGCCGCGCCUAUCAAGUUGCUUCUCUUGCCCAAUGGACAAGCGAGAAAGGAGAUCAGAACAGCAUGCUGCUCGAUCCCACGCCUGGUCUUAGAUGUCCUUCAAUUUGAAGGACAAGAUUGUCCUGGCUUUAUGAGCCGGCAGUGCUACUCAAGGUUGCUGCCCUUGAUCAGGGCUCGAUGAUCACAAUUACGUUGAUACGAGAGAGCCAAAGGAAGAACACUUAAUUCUAAUUUAUCAUUUGACAAUGCGAGUUGGGUGGUUUCAUCUUUUUUGUUUAGAAAUGUAUAAAGCCUCAAACAGUGCCACUUCGGAAUGCCGAUCCCACAUCCCUGCUUCAUGUAAAACAACGAGACCUUGUGAUUUUGUAGAGAUGAGUUAUGAUAAAGAAUAAAUCAUUUGCAUUCUGGUAUUUCAACUUGUUGCUGUUUUUGCAGUUUAUAUAACUUGUCGAUGCCAAAUCUUGUGGUGGGUGCUCAAGAAAAACCGUUUUGAAGAUUCACACACCGGGAUUGCUCUCAUCUCCGGAAGUUAGGUUUGGUAAGACAAUAAUUUUAGCUCUGCAUUUGUUGGAUUUGAUUGACUUUUGAGUGUAAAAAUCUGGAUAAAGAAGGGAAGGAGGGCUAUUCCAUUUCUGGGCGUUGAAGAUGAAGAGUCAGCAUUAUUUUAUGAUAUUGUUGAAAUUGGAGGCACAUGUUCUAAUCCAAACUUGGUUAUCGGAUACUCAGAUAAUCGGGUACUCAGAUAAUUUGUGUCGGGACAAUGGGUAGCCAAUUACUGUGGCAAAACCAAUAGUUUAAAGGAUGAUCAACAACUUAGAAAACCGAAGGACAAAACAAAUUCCGAAAGCAACUGCUCUCAUCUCUUGCUUGAACAUGCAAGAUUUUGGUUCAAGUAUCUAUCUCCUUUCAAACAUGUUUGCUCAAACGAGCAAUUACUCAACUCGUUCGAGCAAACUUCAAUUAGACAAUUUUUCACGUUUAAAAUAUUUUUCGCAAUUUUUUAUCAAAUUAUCAUUAAAUUACACAACUUACUUGAAACAACAAUAAAUAUAUAUAUAUAUAUUCACUUGAAGCUUACAAAUUCAGUAGUAACAUAUAGGACUAUAAGA